GCGAUGGGAGGGUCGAUCUGAAACAGCAGUUGUGUGUGUGUGUGCGUGUGUGUGUGUGUGCUUGUAAUUGAUUCCACAUUAGCCUAGCCCGAGAGCACCCGGGAGAGACAUCACGGCUGCGCUUUCUCCUACGUGGGCUGCAGCCACAGCAGAGACACUUCACUGGAGCCUGAAGACGAGACAACACAGCCGCCUCUCUACCGAGCAGCAGCAGCAGCAGCACGGGAAACAUUUUUUUAAAGAUGACAACCAAAAAGCCGCAGAGCAUGCUCCGGGAAGCGUCUCAUCAGAUUAUCGCCGGCGGAUCCGCUGGUCUGGUAGAGAUCUGCUUGAUGCAUCCCCUCGAUGUAGUGAAGACAAGGUUCCAGAUCCAAAGGGGAACCAGUGACCCCAACAGCUACAAGAGCCUUGGUGAUUGCUUCCGGACCAUCUUCCGCAAUGAGGGACUCUUGGGCUUCUACAAAGGGAUCCUUCCUCCGAUUGUGGCAGAGACCCCAAAGAGAGCAGUCAAGUUCUUCACUUUUGAGCAAUACAAGAAGUUGCUGACUUUGACCCCUUUGUCUCCUGGUUUGGCGCUGUCUGUAGCGGGGCUUGGCGCAGGCUUAACUGAGGCCGUUGUCGUCAAUCCGUUCGAAGUGGUGAAAGUCAGUCUCCAGGCCAACAGAGACUCCUUUACGAAGCAACUCUCUUCAUUCGCUCAAGCAAGGCGCAUAAUUAAUUCAGACGGAUUUGGACUGAGGGGCCUGAAUAAAGGACUAACAUCGACACUGGGACGCCAUGGAGUUUUCAACAUGAUCUACUUUGGCUUCUACUUCAACGUCAAGGAUGCUAUUCCGUCCAGCCCGGACCCUACCCUGGAGUUCAUGAGGAAGUUUGCUAUUGGCCUAGUGUCAGGAACCAUCUCCUCCUGCGUGAACAUUCCCUUCGACGUAGCCAAGAGCCGCAUCCAGGGCCCCCAGCCUGUGCCCGGGGAGAUCAAGUACCGCACCUGCUUCCAGUCCAUGGCACUGGUGUACCGGGAGGAGGGGUACUUUGCACUAUACAAGGGGUUGGUGCCCAAGAUAAUGAGGCUUGGACCAGGUGGAGCAGUGAUGCUGCUGGUCUAUGAAUAUGUGUCCGGGUGGCUACAGAAGAACUGGUAACCAAACAAAAAAAGCACAGAAAGAAAAAACCAAAAGAGUGCCUUGUGGAUUGUGGCUCGUCGCCAAUAUCGUCAACUGAUUCCAGUGAAGUCAGAC